AUUGUACUGAAAAUAAAAAAGUUUUUUUUAGAUUUGCCCGCAUUCAAUUCCAAUUAAUGUAAGCUGUCACUGUGAAUAAUCCAUAUCACAUCCGCAUCCUACGUGCACAAAACUCAUUAUGCUUAGUUGAAGAAUGUAAAAUGGAGUUAUUUAAUAUUCACGUGCUUCUAACUUUAGGUUAUUCAAUAGUAUUAGUACAUUCCAGUCCUGUUCUUCAAGAAGAUAUCACAAAAUACAAGGAUGCAGCGAAUAGAAUAAUUCACCAUUUGCUAGAUGGACCAGCCCAAAACCAAAGCUAUAACAGACUCGCUACCUUCACUGACAAGUUUGGGAGUCGUAUAGCGGGAUCAGAGUAUCUUGAACAUGCUAUAGACUACAUGCUUGAUACCCUCAGCAAGGAAGGAUUGGAUAAUGUGCAUGGAGAAAAUGUUAUGGUGCCACAAUGGGUUCGUGGUAAAGAAUCUGCUACCUUACUUUCUCCUCGCAACCACAAGAUGGCGAUGCUAGGACUCGGCAGCAGUAUUGCAACACCCCCUGCUGGGAUAACAGCUGAUGUUCUGGUGGUGUCAACUUUUAAAGAAUUAAAGCAGCGAGCUGCAGAGGCAAAGGGCAAGAUAAUAGUGUACAAUGAAAAGUUUGUGUCAUAUGGUGAAACAGUGGCAUAUAGGCAACAGGGUGCAACUGAGGCAGCGAAAGUUGGAGCAGUGGCUUCAUUGAUUCGAAGUGUCACUCCUUUCUCUAUUAAUAGCCCACACACUGGGUGGCAGGACUAUACACCAGGUGUUAAGAAGAUUCCUACAGCAUGUAUCACGGUAGAGGAUGCCGAGAUGCUACAUAGGAUGCAAAAGAGAGGUGAAAAGUUGACGAUUCGUCUGAAGAUGAAUGCAAAAAACAAUCCUUACGUGAAGUCCCGCAACACUGUAGCAGAGAUUACAGGCAGUGUUUACCCUGAACAGGUUGUAAUUGUGAGUGGUCAUCUGGACAGUUGGGAUGUUGGACAGGGUGCAAUGGAUGAUGGUGGCGGGGCAUUCAUUUCGUGGCAGGUUCUGUCAGUGAUCAAGCAGUUGAACCUCCGUCCAAAAAGAACUGUUCGUCUUGUUAUGUGGACCGGUGAGGAGGAAGGGGGGUUUGGAGGCCAAGCUUACUUCAAUGCACACAAAAAAAACAUCAGCAACUUUAACUUGGUGAUGGAAUCAGAUAUGGGGGUGUUCACACCCUACGGAAUAAACUUCAAAGGCAAUACAGCUGCUACUACAAUUAUGCAACAGAUACUUAAUCUAUUGGGAUCUAUCAAUUCAACAACACUUGAAAAAGUAACUGCUGUCGGGACAGAUAUUGGAUCAUGGGCAAAGGCUGGUGUUCCUGGCGUAUCCCUGCUCAAUAGAAACGAAAAGUAUUUUUACUUUCAUCAUUCCAAUGGUGAUACAAUGACUGUGAUGGACCCAAAGCAGAUGAACCUAUGUGCUGCAGUGUGGACUGUGGUCGCAUAUGUUGUGGCUGAUCUGGACUCCAUGCUACCAAGAGACAUACAGCCACCCUACAAUGAAGCUGAAAUUCAACAAGACAAACGUUUCAAAAACAGCGAUGAAAUAAGUCGCACUGUGGAUGAAAUACUCAAGUUUGUGAUUGGAACAUGAAAUUAGUAAUUAUCUACAAAGACUGAUAUCAAGUUUAAAAAUUCUUCUGCCUUAUGUAAUCUAUUUUUAUCGUACCUAAAAAAAGGUACGAUAUUGUCAUCAGCUUGGGCGUCUCACUUUCUUGUCAUCACGAUUCCAGGAAAACCACUUGACGGAUUUACUUCAAAUUUUCACACAUGUUACAUGGUAAGAAGUUCUAGAGCU